GGGAGUGCCACAAAGCGAAUGCCGUGACUCUUCGUCGUGACUGUGACUGCUACUCGUUCGGGAAUCUUCGGGUGUUCUGUGAAUCUGUGACUCGGGAAUCGGGAAACGGGAAUCGGAAUCGCAGUCGCCGCCUCAUUGGAGAGUGAAGGAUUUUUCGAGUGCGGAGUGACUGCUGGGUGACCGAGUGUGGCACAGUGACCGAGUGACGUAGUGGCGCGGGGGGCAAUGAGGGAAGUUACGUAAAGACAUCCCCCACCCCGUCCAUCGUUAAACGAAAGAAACGCAACGCGCUCGAAUGCGUUACGUUGCGCAUGAGAUGGCGGCACGCAGUUCGCGCUACAUUGACUCCGACUCCGACACCGAUUCCGACGACCGCAUUCGCAUUAACAUCACCUGCCCCUCGGUCUAGUCCUUCGAGCAGUAAAGUUAUCAUUCGAGAGCGUCACAAAUUGCGCGCAUGAAAUGUUGGUGGAAUACUUUAUGGCGCUGCUCGUGAUCAUGGGAUUAAGCGCAACAUUCGACAAGCAGCAGAGGAGGCACCACCACAGUCGCAGCCACAGCCCAUACUUCGGUUUCCUUGCCUCUGCCACCGAACUCUCGAAUCUCAUUCCCGACUCGUACGAUGGCGGCCUGGAUCCGCUCUUUGACAACUCGACAAAUCGUGAGAUCAUCGCCGCCUUGGGCACAACCGCCCGCCUCCAUUGCCGUGUGCGGCAUCUGGGCGACCGGGCGGUGUCCUGGAUCCGGCAGCGGGACCUCCACAUCCUCACCAUCGGCAUCAUGACCUACACGAAUGACCAGCGCUUUCUGGCGCGCCACAUCGACAACUCCGACGAGUGGGUGCUCAAGGUGGUGUCCGUGCAGCCGCGCGAUGCCGGCGUCUACGAGUGCCAGGUGUCCACGGAGCCCAAAAUCAGUUUGGCCUACAAACUGAUGGUCGUGACUUCCAAGGCGCAAAUCCUGGCGAAUCGCGAGCUCUACAUCCAGAGCGGCAGCGACAUCAAUCUCACGUGCAUCGCCCCACAGGCACCGGGGCCCUACACGCACAUGCUGUGGCACAAGGACACGGAGCUGGUGAGCGACUCGACGCGCGGCGGCAUCCGCGUGGUGUCCGAGCAGCAGAUGAAGACCAGCAACCUGGUGAUAUCCCGCGUGCAACACACGGACUCUGGCAAUUACACGUGCUCUGCGGAUAAUUCAAAUUCCGACAGCGUCUUUGUGCAUAUCAUUAAGAGCGAACAGCACGCGGCCAUGCAGCACGAGGUGGGGGCACGUCUGGAGCUGCCACACCUCUGUCUGCUGCUCCUUUUGCUGGUGGCAGCGCUGCGACCUCUAUAAGGAGGCGCUAAGUCGAGCAGCAGCGUAUGUUCAAUGUCUGGUGCCUGGAGCCUGGAGGAUGUUACUGCCAUCAGGAGCCCAUCAGCCGCCCCAUGCCCCACAGAGGAGGCUGGCUAACGACGUCUCUCGCGUUGCAAAAUCUUUCGAGAAUCUCUUUUGUAAAUAUGUAAAUUGAGUUUUUCGGUUAUGUGGUUUUUUUUUUUUGUGUUUCUCUGCUUUAAGUAUUUUUAUACGUAAUUAAGUCGCCCUGCAUUCCGCAGAUGCAGAUACACGGAUAUACAUAUAGAAGAUAUAUAUACACACGAAAAGAUACAAAAGAUAAUACACACGAUCCGAUGAAUCGCACGGAUCGCAUCCAUAAACUAGAGAUACGCAAAAACGAAUA